GACAAUUAGUGCCAACGAAGAAACCUUUUAAUCCAUGAACUAAAAUCGAUUAAAAAAAAAAGAUUUUAAGAAAAAUUAGAAAAACAAAAAAAAAAAAAACUUCACGAUCGUUUCGUCAUCGUCUUCUUCAACACAGUUGACGAAUUCUCCUAAAACAUGCAAUGUGGAUUUGAUUGAUCUCUGAUCUGAGAGAAGAAGAUCCAAUAUCAAAAACCAUGGAGAACGUAGCGGCGCAAUUGAAGCGUGGAAUCUCGAGACAAUUCUCCACAGGAUCAAUGCGAAGAACGCUAAGCCGGCAAUUCACACGCCAAUCAUCUCUCGAUCCACGCCGUAACAACAUGAGGUUCAGCUUCGGCCGUCAGUCUUCGCUAGAUCCGAUCAGACGGAGCCCCGAAUCGCUAGGAUGCGAGCCGAAGAUGUCUGUCCCGGAGAAUCUCGAUUCCACGAUGCAGCUUCUCUUCAUGGCGAGUAAAGGCGACGUUGACGGCGUUGAGGAGCUGCUCGAUGAAGGAAUCGAUGUGAAUAGUAUUGAUCUAGAUGGACGUACGGCGCUUCAUAUCGCUUCGUGUGAAGGUCAUUACGACGUCGUUAAGGUUCUUCUUAGCCGGAGAGCUAACAUCGAUGCUCGUGACCGUUGGGGUAGUACGGCGGCUGUUGAUGCCAAAUAUUAUGGGAAUACUGAAGUGUAUAAUCUGUUGAAAGCUCGAGGAGCUAAAGCCCCGAAAACAAGAAAGACUCCAAUGACGGUGGGAAAUCCAAAAGAAGUCCCUGAGUAUGAGCUUAAUCCACUCGAGCUUCAAGUCCGAAAAGUUGAUGGCAUCUCAAAGGGAACGUAUCAAGUUGCUAAAUGGAAUGAGACGCGAGUCUCAGUAAAAAUAUUCGAUAAAGAUAGUUAUUCAGAUCCUGAACGAGUAAAUGCCUUCAACCAUGAAUUAACUUUGCUAGCUAAAGCUCGGCAUCCAAAUAUUGUUCAAUUUGUUGGAGCUGUCACUCAAAAUCUACCAAUGAUGAUUGUAGUUGAGCAUAAUCCCAAAGGUGAUCUAAGUGGUUAUCUUCAGAAGAAAGGUCGUCUUUCUCCUUCAAAGGCUCUGAGAUUUGCUCUUGAUAUUGCCAGAGGCAUGAACUAUCUUCAUGAAUGUAAACCAGACCCGUUCAUCCACUGCGAUUUAAGGCCAAAAAAUAUUUUGCUGGAUAGAGGAGGACAACUGAAGAUCUGUGGAUUUGGUUUGGUAAAGUUGUCCAAAAUUUCAGAAGAUAAUUUCAAAGUAGUGAAGCACGAAGCUCAUAUCGAUAAAUCAAAUUACUAUGUUGCACCCGAAAUUUACAAAAACAAUAUCUUUGAUAAAAGGGUCGAUGUGCAUUCAUUUGGUGUCAUUUUGUAUGAGAUGACUGAGGGAGUAUCUAUUUUUCAUCCUAAACCGCCUGAAGAGAUUGCGGAGUUGAUAUGUAUGGAAGGAAGGAGACCAACAAUCAAGACGAAAUCGAAGAGUUACCCUCCAGAAUUGAAAGAGUUGAUUGAGGAAUGUUGGCAUCCAGAUAUAAGUGUGAGGCCAACAUUCUCUGAGAUUAUCUGCCGACUCGACAUAAUAGUUUUAAACUGUUCUAAGCAGGGUUGGUGGAAAGACACAUUUAAGUUUCCUUGGAAAUGAAGAAAGCUAUUGAACCAAUCAACACUGAAAGUAAAAAACCCCAGAGAUGAGAGUGAGAUUUCACCCUUUGUAAAAACAGAACAUAUCACUGGUUUGUUUUUUUAAUAUUUUUCAUGUUUCAUAUCAUAAGCUUUGGGUCAUUUUGUAAGUGUAUUCUAUGAGUAACAACAUACACAUCAAUUGUUCAUAUCAAAACUAGAAGCAAAACUUCUAGAUAAGAUUCAUAAAUUUCUGCCAAAACAAGUACACAAUUGCUCACUGAGUAAUUAAAAGUUAUACAAA